AUGUCAAAAUUGAAAAUUUGGUUAAACAAAUUCAUCUGCUUACUAAACUCACUAAAGACGAAGCUAACCCCUAUCCAUGAAGCCUACAAUUAUAAUCAAAAACUGUAAUUUCUACUUAGAAAAUACCUUGACAGCUACUGACAAGAAGAAACUGAGCCGAUUCUCACUUCAACGCCAUCUUAUUCUGAAAUUCCCUUAAAAAAACAAAAAUUAAGCGAAGGGACUCCUGUAUACCAAGGCCACGAAUCCAUGUUUGGAGAAUUCGUCAAAACCUGCCCUAAACAGCCAGAAAAAAUCAUAAAAAUUCCUUUGAAAUUUGAAAUAAGCACCAACACACCAAAAUUCCAAGAAAUAGUAAAACACGAAUUCAGCCCUAAAAAAAUUAUUCCAAAGGUGACACAUAUAGAUGCAGAAGAAAAACGAAGAAAAGUUAUGUCAGAAUUUUUACCUGCCUUGAAGAAAAAAGCAUCAUUUUAUAAUGUAAAUUUAUGUAAAAGGCAAAGAGACGCAUUUUAUGAUAGCGUAGCAAAUACCCCAAAAAAUGAUAAUAAAAACACAAAAAAGGCUAAAACAAAAGAAGCCUACAAAACAAUGCCACCGAUUUUAGAAGAAUCUAAAAAUGUUAAGCCGAAAGCAAGCCCUGCCAAAAAUAAUAAAAAGUCUUCUCCCGCUAAAAAGAAAGAAACUGUCAUUACUCCAGAAAAUUUUGGCUGCACACAGAUUUAUCCGUCCCCUCCUAUAACACCUUUGCGAAUCCCUAUUAUAAAUCAAGAUAACUAUUGUAUUGUGAAGCCUAAACCUCAGAGCCCUAAUAAGAACCCUAAUCAAUCAGCAAAUAAUCCAAACCAAAAGCCACAAAGUGGAGGCUCUAAAAAUAAGCCAACACCAAAUCAGCCAGUUUCUCAAGAAACAACAUCUACUAUAAAUACAAUAAGCAAUACAUCACAGAAUAACCUAUCUUUAUUCGUCCCCUUGCAGCCUGCCCAACAGCCCACAAUUCUAUCUAAUCCUCAGCCUGAAAAUAACUCUGCUGAUUUCUUCCAAAAGCGAAUGCAAAGAAAUUCUCUCCAAACCUCGGCCUUACCAAACCCCCAGCAAAAUCCUCAAAGUGAAUACCUAGGCCAAGUCCUCCAAAAUCCUAACAAAUUCUUUUCUAAUCCGAUGCAAGAAAUUAAAAAUAAUUCUCAGCCAGUUUCCAAUUCCAUGCCACUUUUUAGCCAAAAUCUUUUAGAAAUUUCGAAGUCUGCAUCAGCAAAUUUCAAUAAUCUUAAUAAUUGUGCUUCAGGGAAUAGCUUUGUGUCAUCAAGCACUCAGAGUACAGCUGAUGAAUAUAGUCCUGAUUAUAUGAAUGAAGAUGGAAAAAUAAUUCAUGAUGAAAACUGCGAUCCUAUGAAAGUGAAUAACAACAAUAAUAAAAACAGCUCAAUUUUUAGCAAAACGGGAAUAAUAACUCAGGCUUUUCCUAGUGCUCAAGGUCAUAGCUCUAAUACCCAAUCAAGCUCCAAGUCAUUAUUUGGAAGCCAGCCACAAAGUUUGUUUUCUUCACAAGCCAAGCCUCCUACAAAUUUAUUCCAAGCUUCCCCAUUUUCAAGCAGCACUACUUUGUUUUCUUCAAUUAUCCCUAAAAAGACUUCUCCCCACAAAAACGUCUCAAAUCCCCUUCUGAGAAGUAAAUAG